CUCAUCUAUCACAAUAAGCUCUAUUAUUAUAAUAGUGGAACUGUCUGCUUUCAGUAUAGUACCCCCACACAUACCUUCUUCAUUUCUUUAUUCUGCAACAGUGAAAGAGAUGUUUGCUCGUUCUUUUGUGUGUUUUCUUGUUCUUCAUUUUGUAGUGCAGUCUGCUUCUAUAUGCAUCCAAGAAUAUGGGACUGACUCAAAUUGCACUGAUUCGUUAAUGUUGCUUGUGCCUCGGAGUCGACUGGAGAAUAAUGAUUAUGGACUGUUAGUGAAAGACUUCGCCAGUGUUACCGGUUUUAAUAUAGGUUCAGUAACUGCUCGAUACUUCACUGUUAAAAUUGGAAAUAGAUCUACAUCAAAACAUUAUGGUCUAACAGAAAAGGUACCUAUUCCUUCUGACAUUGGUAGUGGGUUGCUUACAAUUUCUUUGAAUUAUUUUUUUUCUAUUACUCAUACCACAAUUGAGUGUGCUAACGAAUCACCAGACUUGUAUCAUGUUAAAGUACAGAGUCAAUAUUUAAUAACUCUGCAAAUUUUUGACAACCCCGUCUUGCAUUACAGAGAAAAUCCAAACAUUCUAGAGUGUCAGUUUAAUCAUCCCAUCUCCAAUGUAUUGAUUGAAUUCAAGUUGAAUGAUAAGGUCCUAGGUUACUGUGGCUCAUACAUGGUUAGCCCAUUAGAUGACAACAGUAAAGAGAUAUCUAUCUUUUAUAAUGCCAUGAGUGAUGUCUGUGCUUUAAAAAUCAAAAGAGUAAUAGAUGCUAACAGGGGGGAAUAUGCAUGCUCUGUAAUGAUUCCUUAUCCUACUGGUAAUGCUUUUUUGAAAUUGAACUCUUCAUCAUUUACUCCUACCUCAUCACCAUCACCAAAAACCCAACCUGCUACAAUUGGAAUUGUAUUUGGAGCUAUUGCCACUGUUGUAGCAAUAGUCAUUAUUAUAAGUGUCAUAAUUCUAGUUCUGCAUAAAAAAAAGCUUUGUUGUAAUAAAUCUACUCCUGCAGGUUCCAGUGAAAGUGAAACAACUCAACUUACCCAUGAUAGUGAAGCAGAUGGUGUUAUUACUGAAUCUCAACAAAAUGACAAGAAAUGAUGGUUAUAACUUUGAUUUAUUAAACUAGACUAGUAUAAUUAUAUUGUGUGCUUUUAUUGUUAUUAUUAGAUCUAUUUUAUGUUAGUAAAACAAAAUGUAAAGUCCCAUGUGGACUUGCUCUAGUGAUGGGCAUGCCCAUUUUUGUGGAUUAAUUAUUAAUUUUUGCUAUUUCUUCAGGUCCAUAAACUAAA